UGUUGUUCCCAUCAACAAAAACAACAACAACUAAUAAACUUCAUUAAUAAACCAAGCUCAUAAUUAUGUUGUACGCUUCCUAAGCUGUUGAUUGUUUUGCUUGUCUUCAAAGUCUCCAAGCCAUUUCAGUGUGUAUUGGAGGGGGACUAUUUGGGAAUUAUCUUCACGCUGGGCUUUUGAGUACACAGCUCACGUUUCAGUUUAAAACGCGACUUAAAACCUAAAGGUUGUCUAUCUUGGAGCACAACAAUAAAACAAAAUCAAGUCGGAAGAGAAGACAGCAACACGGCUCAGUUGAUUGUCAGCUAAAAAAAAAAACAGCAAAACAUUAAAAGUUGUGAAUAUUAUAAUUAUAUUUAAAAAAACGCAUAAGAUUGUUACAAAACCAAAACAAAGUCACACAAAAUGACGAUUGAAGUUGAAAAGAAAUUAGACGAAAUGGAGUUGUGGCUCAAAACGCAAACUCAAUUGCCUCAGAAAAUAGAUAGAUGGAUGCUGAAACGUUUUCUUUUGUGCAUGGAAGGUGAUAAAGAUGCUGCUCAAAAUCUAUUAAUCACAAAUUAUAAAAUGCGCAAUAAAUAUGAUCAUAUUUUUAUUAAACGCGAUCCAAAGUAUGAGAGUUCCGAGAAGGUUGUAAAAGUAGUCGACUUCCUUACCCUGCCUGGCUAUACACCGGAAAAAUAUAAAUUGAUUCUCUAUCGUUUGGCAGAUACCGAUCCAGAUAAGUUUAAUGUCAACGAAGUUUUCCAAGUGUUCUUCAUGAUGGUCGAUAGCCGUUUCCGGGAGUUGUGUAAUGAAAAUGCCAUUGGUGAAAUUGUCGUUUUCGAUAUGACGGGUUUUUCAUUGAGACAUUUGUCGAAAUUCUCCCUGGGCACAAUACGCCUGUUUAUGAAGUACAUACAGGAAGCACAUGUGGGUCGAGUCAAGGGUGUACAUGUUAUAAAUGCAGCAUCCUUUUUGGAUAAGGUGAUGUUUUUGGUGAGACCUUUUUUGAAAGGUGAAUUGAUAAAUGUGUUACAUUUUCACAUGCCGAACACGGAGACAGCUUAUAAAUUUUUCCCCCAUGAAAUGUUGCCCGAUGAAUAUGGUGGCAAGGCUGGCAAAUUGCAGGAUCUGAGAGAAUUUUGGGUAAAGAAAUUAAUGGAAAAUAGGGAUUUCAUUAUUGAUGAAUCCAGAUGGAAAAUGAACUCAUAAAACAAACACUAUGUGACUAUAUAUAAAUGUGGGUUUAAGGGGCUUGCAUAAUAAUUAUCCGGCAAAAAGCUGUAAUGUAAACAUACUAUAAUCUAAAUAUAAAUUAAAGUAUAAUACUAGGGGGGAGACACAUAAAAGUAUCUAUUCCUGGCUCAAAUUAUUAUAAAGGUUUUUUUUUAUAAUAAUUUAAACAAUACAUCUAUUCCCUCAAAUUUUUUUCAAUCAAAUUUAAAAUUUUUUAAAUCUACACUUUAAAAACCUUAAAAUACUGUAUUAUUUAUUAAAAAGUUUAUUUAAAACUUUCCUAAAGUUGUACCAACAUUUCGAUUUUUUCCCUAAAUAUGCUAUCGAUUUAUUUAGUCUUA